GGUGGCACCAUGAAACUCCUAGUACUUGGUUUAGUUUUGUUGCUGGGUACCUUGGAAAUAUUUUGUGACAGGCAAUUUUGGUAUGCUAUCGCCCCUAAUGUCGUGAGAUAUAACCACGAAGAAACGGUGUUGGUCGGCGUUAUCGGGAGCGGGUCAGCAUCAAUGAUAACGGUAUGGUUUGAAAUAGAAGGAACGAGUGACCAAAUCUCCAGAAGAGUGGUGACUAUUUCAUCACAAGAAAAUCCACAGCUUAUUAGGAUGAGUGUAACAUCGGAAGACAUUGACAAGAUGAAGAGAACCAAAGGAAAGCCUAACAGCAUUCUUUUAAAAGCCAGUUUUCCUAAUGGAGGAACAUACUCCAGAAAGAUCUUCCUGAGCUAUAAAUCUGGAUAUCUUAUUGUUCAGACGGAUAAACCACUCUAUACGCCUUUGGAAACAGUUAAAGUACGUGUAUUGGCAAUGGAAGAAUCACUUAAGCCUGUGAAGUCGGAGCUUGUCAACAUAGAAAUCCUGGCACCAAACGAAACCAAGUCGGUAGGGCGGUUAUCCUGCAGUGGUACCAAAGGCGGGUUUUGCAGGAAACAUAUGACUUUGCCACCCUAUCCGACCUUUGGCGAGUGGACAAUCAGGGCCACUAUGGGGGGAAAGUACGACACAACUACCGUUGUUCCAUUUGAAGUCAAGGAGUUUGUUGUUCCGACGUUUGGUGUGUCAAUUACAACCUCAAGAGAUUACAUUCUGGACAAAACUUCUUCCAUAGAAGUUACUGUAGAUGCAACGUAUGUCUAUGGCAAGAAGGUUGAAGGAAACGCCGGGUUAAAGGUUAACAUAGCCUACAUUGGCAGUAUGGACAAUCAAAAAGAGAUGAUUACUGCAAGAAAAGACCUUAUCAAUGGUGUGGCAGCGUUCACAGUGAAGAUACCCGAACUACGUGCAAACUAUGGUCCUGACUUCCCGGAUGGUGCACGACUAAUGCUUGAGGCAAAUGUGUAUGAGGAGGCGACAGGAAAAGAGGAAACAGAAUACGAUGAUUCCAUUCUAUUUACAAAAUCUCCGUUUAAGUUUGAUUUUUCAAGGUCGAAGAAAUCAUACAGACCUGGGAUGACUUACUACCUCCAGAUUGACAUGUCUUACUCAAACGGAAGGCCAGCUGUAGAAAAAGAAUUUGUCAUUAAGUUCUUUGAUGGAAUUCAAGAACAGCGGUUGGAUGAUUUUUAUACAACAAAUACAAAUGGACAAAUGACAAAGACGUUUGCUACCACAUCGACAUCUGAGAGAGUUCUUAAAUUUCAGAUCUUUGCUAAGGACUACCCUGACGACAUUGUGAACCAUACGGUGAAUCCAUAUAAGGGAGCGAAUCAAAUUGGAGUUGAGGAAAUAGAGAGGGAAGGCAUUGAAUACUUCAGGGCGAAUACAAAUAUCAAAGGAGCAACAUCGAGCGGCAUCCUGAUGAUGGUUGUGGCCCGUGGUCAGAUUGUGUAUUCUUUAUACAAGAAGGACACAUUCGAAAUUAACGAAAAAAUGGAAAAAGAUAUUCCCAAAACGAUUUCCCCAGAGGGAAGGCUUCUCGCAUUAUAUGUGGAUAAAGUUUCAGGCGAAAUUGUGGCGGAUUCAACCGAGUUCAGUGUCGACCCUCAGUGCAAGAGCACUCAACUGACAGUGGAACCAGAGCGAACGGAAAUAUACCCGGGCAACCCUCAAGAUGUUACUGUGACUGGGCCGAGUGAUGCUUGGGUCGGGUUCAACGUCAUGGACAAAGCACUGCUACUACUGAAUGAUAAAAAUAUUCUUCAGCACGAUACCGUGUUUCGGGCGCUGAAAGAGCACGACCUAGGCUGCGGGGCUGGAGGUGGUGUCACUAGCGAGGAAGUAUUUAAAAAUGCAGGGUUAACAAUCGUUACAAAUGCAAACGUGGAUGAUACUUCCAUUCAGCGAAAGAGCGACACAUGUAGAAGUGAAAAUACUCGGAAAAAGAGGAGCAUGAACGACUGCCUACCAGGGGUUGAAGAAAAUUGUUGUACCAUUGGUGUUGAUUACGCUAACAUAAAAUUGGAUGAACACUAUGACUUGAAACACCAUUUUGAUCCUGAUGUUCUUCCACCUAAAACACACUUAGUAUGCAUGUCCAUGGUGAGAUCAGUGGUUGGACACUUUACGCGGGGUUGUCUUCUUGCAAUGUACAAAAGUUGUAUUCGCACUAUGAACGAAGACAUUUUAGAUAAUGAUGAACUUGAGGGCCGAUCUAUUUUGGACGACGACGGUUUGUACGCGAAUGACUUUGCAAAGCUGGUAGAAAUGGGAUUCACGAUGAAGAAACGGACAAAUUUUGAGACGUCGUUUUUUUUUGAAGAACAUCAGCUGCAAAAUGGGGCGUUGACACUACCCGUUAUGUUCAAAGAUUCUAUCACGGAAUGGAGUAUACAGGCUAUAAGUAUAACGGAAAACGAAGGCGCCUGCAUUGCCGAACCAAAGACCGUAAAGACAUUUAAGGAUUUUUUCAUACAGCUUGAUCUUCCUUACAAAGCAACACGAUUGGAACAUAUCAAAAUAAAAGCAACUAUUUUUAACUACGCGUCAAAAACCUUGCAGGCAAAUGUCUAUUUAAAGGGGAUAGAUGGUUUGUGUUAUGGAACAUCACCGGAUAAAAAUUCACCACCACGUGUCGUUAAACUGGAAUCGAACAAAGCAAUGACGGUGUCAUUUUCUGCGAUACCUUUAAGAGCUGGUAGAUAUCCAAUUAUAGUAUCUGCGUUCGUUACCGAUGGAGACAUACAGAAAGUGGAUAUCGUUGAAAAAGAGUUACAGGUUGUGAACGAAGGAAUUAUGGUCAAGAAAACAAUCAGUGUAUGCCUAGAUCCGAAUGAUCAGAUGAAAGACUGUGAAAGAUCUGAAGAUGUUUCUGUGACAGAACCACUUUAUACUGGCGGACGAUCCAGCAGACAGUACAUAGUGGACUUGAGCCUUCAUCCAGCCUCCUUGCCAGACACGGGGUCUGCUACAGCCUAUGUAGAAAGUAACCUUAUGGACAAUAUAGUUGACACCGUUAUAAAUGGGAUUGACAAGCUAUUUAACCAGCCGCACGGAUGUGGUGAACAGACUAUGAUGUACACCGCUCCUAUUGUGUACGGGCUAGAUUACUUGGCGCAAACUGGCCAAACGACACAGAAACAUGAAGUGCAAGGAAUCGAGUGGAUGCGAUAUGGUAUAAAUCGUGAAUGGAACGAAUUUCGACUUCCAGACGGCUCCUAUCACAAAUGGGAAGGUUACGAUACCAGCAUUUGGCUAACAGCGUUUGUUGCCAAAGUGUUCUGCCAGGCAAACCAGGUUGUCGACGGCAUCGUUGAUGAAAACGGGCUCGUUGAGACAUUGAAAUAUUUGGCAUCCAAAUCUUCCGCCGGAACAUAUAAGGAAAUUGAACACGUCCGUAUGUCAAACAUUCAGGGAAUAUUUGGCAAGGACAAUAAAGGCACCAACCCUGUAUUGUCAGCGUUUGUGUUGAUAACUCUUCAAGAAUGUUCUCUCCGGGAAAAUGAUCAGGAGGCAGCGGUUAUCGACAUAAUGAACUAUCUUGAAAUUAUGCCGCAGCAAAUCUACACAAGUAAUCCAUAUCUGUUAGCAAUUACGACAUAUGCACUGGCACUAUCUAACAGCGGCUUGGCGAACUCGUUCAAAGAAUUGUUGUAUUCAAAAGCCCACCAAACCCAAGAGCAUAUGUACUGGUCACACGGAACAGGACAGGGUAACGCAGAGAGUGUCGAGACGACGGCAUAUGCUUUGCUAGCAGCCAUGCAGUUCGACGACUUCCGAACGAGUGCAAAAAUUGUCACCUGGUUAGCACUUCAGAGAGACGCUAUCGGUGCAUUUCACACAACACAGGACACUGUUGUUGCGCUUCAAGCAUUAUCGAAGUACAGCGCUCGUACCUUCAACCCGGAAACCAAUAUCGAGAUAUCUAUGUCUAAGAUCAAUGCAAAACCAAGUUGGACAAAAUCUAUCUCAAUCAACAAAGACAACGCUUUGCAAAUGAAAAUCAUCCAAGAGAUCCCUGUAUCAAGGGGCCAAAAUACGUUUCGUAUAACAGCGACGGGAUCGGGUACUGGAAGAAUGAAGAUUGAGUUACGGUGGAACCGACCGCCGAACGACGGGGAAAUAUGUCCAUUUGAAAUAAGCCAUAUCGAAGUGGGAGAAGUAAAUCCAGUAUUUGCUGGCAAUGAUAAUAAAGGGUUCAAUAUAACGGACGGGGAAUGUGAUAUUUGUGGUCAUUGUCCAAAUGACCCUAGCAAGGACAAUGCAAUGGAUAUAUCUGCCGACGUUGACCAAGUUAUCGAAUUAGGAAGGCGAAAGCGACAGGCUGCAGUGGGAGAAGUUCAACGACAAAAAUGUAUCCGUUUCACUGUUAGCUCCAAAGACGAUCAAUACAAUGCUAUGAUGUCUAUUGUGAAGAUUGACUUGGAGACAGGGGUAAAAGCUGUGGAAUACGAUCUUAAACAGUUGGAAAAAUCACGAAUUAUUGAUAGAUAUGAGAUGCCAAAAGAUGGGUCCAGCUUCAUCAUCUUGUACAUAAAUGAGAUUACGAGAGAGCCAAUAGCGUUCAUUUUCCGACUUGACGACGAGUUUGAUGGCCAGGAGCACUCGAGACAGCCUGCCAGUGUUACUGUUUACGACUACUACCAGCCAGAAAAAACAUGCCUUGUUACGUACGGGAUUGGAUCUAACAAUGGACAGAUAGUGAACGUGCAAUGCAACGAUGGUUCAGACGAGUGCAAAUGUGUCCAACAAAGCUGUUCAAACGCUGUUGAAGAGGAAAUAAUGGAAGCGUACGCAGCAUAUGUUCGGUCGAUAAAAAGUAAAAAGCCGUCCAAAGCGAAAAAGCCCGUAGAUCUUCUCAUAAAUUACUCCUGCAACUUUCGGAAAGCAAAUUACGUUUACAAAAUCAAAAUAAGUGACGUUGGAUUCGAUGCGGUUAGAAACAGAAGAAUUUCAACAGCCGUUGUGUCGGAAAUCCUGAUUAAUGGAACUGUGCAGGUACAAGUGGACUCAGAGCUGCAGUUCGAGUGGAUGCCCUCGUGCUCUUUCCCGAGCCUCAAACCCAAUCACGUGUAUUACGUCUUAGGGAAAGAUCCAACUGAGUACAAGCAAGGCGACAGAGUCGAAUACCGAUGGGAAUUGAUGGGAACUGCUCUUGUAAUUGACCCGGAAUAUAGCAAAGCCCUGACAAGAGUGAUGGCCGCAUUCACCAACCAAUUGCGGAAGAACAAAGGAUGUACCACGUAAACAUGUGGACUCUGCGAAACGUGUUCCUAGCAAAUCAACAGAGCUGAAACAAGUGCUGACUAUUGAUACGAACGUCCUCCAAUAGAGUUGUAUAUACUACUACACUGUCCGAUGAAUGAUGCCAUUCGGAAUUUUUCGACCAUUUUUAUCGAAAACAACCUCUGAUGUAUUUGGACGGUUUACAUAGUCAAAAAGUGGUACGUUUAAGUCCGCUGCAAACAGAUCGUGUAGUAAUUUUAUUUAGCAGUUUAACUUUAUGACUUAACUCUCGGGAAUCUUAAUUAUGUUUGCAAUAAUACACUUCACUUGCAAUCAAUCAAUUUAACUUAGAUCAAUAAAUACAGCUCUAAAACACUACAUUUAAUUAAUGGUAUAAUUCAAAAAUUUACGAACUACUUUAACCGAUGUACCGGCAUACAUAAGAGGUUGUUUUCGAUAAAAAUGGCCGAGGUGCUGCGAAUAGAAUAGAAUGAUGCUUGCCAAAGAGCAAGGUCAACGUGAACCUGCACGUACUCUAGUUUUGUAAAUAUAGUUUUUUUCAGCAAAUAUAAAGUCGCGGAUUUUUCUUUAGUAUUGUGUAAACUCUAUACGAACAUUCUAUAUCUGCCUCUCUUUUACAUCAUACAAUAAAAUUGCAAGCUUU